AUGAGAAUCAUUAAUGGUGGUAAACGACGUUCGGAAUAUAAUUAUUUAUUCGGAAUGAUUAUGUCUCAAUGGUUUUCACGUCAGGAGAAUGUUGUAUGUAUACAGGUAGAUGAAGACGAUAAAGAAUCGACGACAACAGAACGUUUGCUAACAAACGAACGAUUAGAAGCAAUUAUUUUCGAUCAGCCACUGUUAAAUUUAGAUAAAUGGCACAAUUUUCUUCAGAACGAAGUGUUUUCAUGUUUCGAUGGCGAUGAAACAUUGAAAACUGUCUUUGAAAAGUUCAAGCUUACUACAACCAACUAUGGUUUUUCGUUGCUGAAGGAAAAAGUCUCUUUCGAGGAUGUAAAACGAGCUAUACAAAGUCUUAUGAACAACGGCUUAUUGGAUGAACCACGUAAAAGACUGAUUGGAAAUAUGCUACUCGAUGCAAAUGCCGUCCAAGAAUUUGCAUCUUCAUUAACUUUGAUGAUAUCCGAUCUAUCUGAAUGGAAUUGGUCUAUCGAAGGUAUACAUGGUGUAUUUCGUCGAAAUUUAGCCGGAAGAUAUCGAUGCUUUUAUGAAGAAGACUUUCUUACGGCUAUUUUUCUUCAACAUUUGGGUUUAAAAUGGAGUUAUCAUUUUAAAAGUCAAUUGAAAUUGCUAUUCGAAUCGUUAACUAAUACUGCUCUGACUAAUUGUUUGCCUAAAUCACUUCAACAUGAGCGUUUACAACUGCAACGAAAUGAUUUUUGGAUGGCUUCAUUGCCAAAUGAGAUCGAUGACACAGUGCCCUACGAUUAUACAGUAUCCUACACAGAUACUAGAGCGAACGUUGUUAGUUUGAAAGAAAAAGUACUGUACGUGACCAAUGUAGAAAUUCAAUUACAUCAGGUAUUAUACCCCGAUUUACCAUUCACUGUUGCUUGUGCUGACCUCGAAUGGUUCGGACCAUCGAUUUCCCACGAAUGUCUUCAACCAUUUCUUGAACUUUGUGGAGUGCCAAAGGUCUGGCUUGAAUUUUUCGAUCGUUUUCUCAAACAGCCAGUCUAUUAUAAGUCGACCGAGUCCAGUCGUCAACGCCGACGUGGUGUACCGAUUUCACAUUCGCUCUCGUAUUUAUUUGCUGAGUUAUUUCUAUUCGGUAUGGAUCUCUACGUCUAUCGAAAAACCGGUGUUUUCAACUAUCGGCUUCAUGAUGAUUUCUGGUUUUUUGAUCCACAAGUGUCCAAAGUUGAACAGGCCUGGAAAUUGAUGAAUGAGUAUACACAAAUGUGUGGACUUAAAUUCAACGAUGCUAAAUGUGGUUCCAUUCAAAUUCGACCAGCGAACACAACUGAUCAUACUGAUGAGUCACAUGUUAAUGUUGUCAUGCUGCCAAAUAAAGAUGUAAAAUGGGAUCUACUCAUUCUGGAAUCAACCGGUCGUUUCGUUGUUAAUCAACAAGCGAUCGUACCAUUUCUUGAUGAAAUGAAAGUACGAUUAACGAAUGCAUCAACCAUAGUUGAAUGGGUAAACUUAUAUAACAAAUAUAUGACUUUUUUCAUGCGUAAUCUUGGUACAUGUGCCAAUGUUCUGGGUAUACAUCAUAUCGAACAGAAAAUCAAAGCAUUUCAAUUUAUUCACGAAUAUUUGUUUACAGAAACGAAUAGUAAUGCCUUGACUGUACUGACAAAUAGGAUUGUUCAACAAUUUCCAAAUUCUUUGACGGAUGAGAUUUCCGAAGCUUGGUUCUAUUGGCCAUUGACUUCUGGUGGACUUGGCUUGAAAAAUGUCUAUCUGGAUUUGCACAGUGUUCACAAGCGAUUCUUAUGUGGGAAUGUAACUACAUUUCAACAAUUACUAGACAAAGACGUUAAAGUUUAUGCUAAACUACUAGAAGAAUACAGUCGACAGAAGACGGAAAGAAAAAAUUUGUAUCGAUGUGAUAUAUCCUAUAAAUUCUUAGAGACAUUUGUUGAGGUUAAUGAUAGAUUCGUCACAUUUAACGAAUUUAUUGCACAACGUGAAACUCAUCUUGAAUAUUGGGGAGAAACAUAUGCAACGCUAUUGAAAAUCACCGAAGCACAGUUACCAGAACAAACGACUAGUUCACGUUAUAUGACAGUAUCACCGCCCAAUCAACUAUAUAGAUCAGAGAUCAAACAAGCUGAUAGUUAUUGGCAGUGGUUAAGAUGCUACUAUGAUGAACAAAUCGAAUCAGUUUUCGGUCAAUUAGACUUUGUCGAUAGCGAAAGUUUACCUAUUGGUCUUAUAGAGAUUAUGAAAACGACAGACAUUGACUGGGAUAAAUGA